AAUUUUUAAAAAAAAUAUGAAGUUUUUUCAAAAUUUUAAAUAAAAUUUAAGAUAUAAGUGUUUUACUACCACGUUAAUUAAUUAUUAUUUUUCUUUCUGUUUCAUAUUUUAAAUAUAUUUCUCCAAUGGUGUGGACCAUCAUAAUUAUUUGUCGUUUCUUAGGAGAAAGGAUCUCAUGUUGGCAUGUUGGAUCAAAACAAAACAAAAACAAAAAGAAUCAACGCAAACCAUGCAAUAAGAUCCGCGUGUUUUUUAAUGGCUUUUCCGAAAACUCUUCCCCAUUUUACCUGUCACUUUAUUUUACUAACAAAACUCAAAUAAUAGAAUAAAAUUAACUAUUUUUAAAAAUAAAUUAAAAAGUUCAUUUAUAUUUUAUCCCAUUACUCGUUGUUGUAAAGAAUUUUAUCAAUUUUAAAAUAGUGAAACUGAGAGAAAAAAAAUAUUGAGUAUACUUCUCUUAUAAUUGUUUUUAAAGUACUAAAUCCCAAUUUUUCUAAUAAGUACCAAACAGUUGUGUAAUUUUGAGUCUUACUUUUAUUUUCUUAAACAUAAUUAUACGUUUGAUGGAUUAUUAGUAAUUACAAAUUCUGAAUUUAUUGGUUUUAGAUUUUUAAUAAAUGGUUUUAUUUAAUUUUUAAAUUGUAACUAAAAAGUAAAAGAAUCUCAAAAAUUAAUUAUAUUUUAUAUAUAACUAUAUAAAGAUUGCCAGAAAGUGGCAUAUGUCAAAGUAUGAGAUGCCAAAUGGAGUAAUAAAUCUUAUAGUGUAAUUAGACAAUCAACUUAAGAUGUUUUUUAUCACGUGGACUCAAAAAAAAAAAAAAAAAANAAGGCAAGUGUGCAUAUAAAUUUUAUAAAGUGAUAGUAGUUGUUGCUCAAAUUCAUAACUGAUACAGAAACCAAUUAGAGAGAGAUGGCCGACGGAGGAAAAAUGGUUUGCGUUACGGGAGCUUCCGGUUACAUAGCGUCUUGGAUUGUGAAGCUUUUGCUCCACCGUGGCUACACCGUUAGGGCCACCGUUCGAGACCCACGGGAUGCAAAGAAAACAGAACAUCUUCUUGCACUAGACGGUGCAAAAGAAAGACUCAAACUGUUCAAAGCAGAUCUUUUGGCCGAAGGUUCUUUCGAGCAAGCAAUUGAAGGAUGUGACGCUGUCUUCCACACUGCUUCUCCAGUUUCAUUAACUGUAACUGAUCAUCAGAUUGAGCUGAUUGACCCGGCCGUAAAGGGUACACUUAACGUCCUUGGAACUUGCACUAAAGUGGCAUCUGUCAAAAGGGUCAUCCUAACAUCAUCCAUGGCCUCAGUUCUGUUUCCUGUGCCUUCCUUGGGACCAAACGACUCAAUAGACGAGAGUUGCUUCUCGGAUCCAAGUAUUUGCGCUGAUAAAAAGCUUUGGUAUGCAGUCUCAAAGACUUUGGCCGAGGUUGAAGCAUGGCGGUUAGCAAAAGAAAAAGGGAUUGACUUGGUCGUAAUAAAUCCAGGACUUGUGCUCGGACCACUUUUGCAGCCAACGCUUAAUUUCUCAGUUAGUUUGAUCGCGGGUCUUAUCGAAGAUAAGAAUGAUUCCGUUAAUAAGAACAGUAGGUUGGUGGACGUGAGAGAUGUUGCACUCGCUCAUGUCAAAGCGUACGAGACUCCUUCAGCCAAUGGUAGAUAUAUCAUUGAUGGUCCGAUUGUGACGAUUAAUGACAUUGAGAAGGUUUUGCACGAAUUCUAUCCCGACUUGAAUCUCGUUGACAAGAAUGACGCAAGUGAGAUAAUUCCAGUGAUUUACAAGCUAAGUGUUGAGAAAGUGAAGAGUUUGGGAAUCGAGUUAACUCCUACAGAGGUCACCAUUAGAGACACUGUUCUUAGUCUCAAAGAGAAAUGUCUUGUGUGAUCAGACUCAUAUCUUAAUUCCCUUGGUAAUUGUAUUUUUAUGAACUACGCAUUUCAUAAAUAAAAAAGGAAGGAAAA